AUGAACCACCUUCCAGACUACCAAAUCGUCCUAGCUGCCUUGGCGCUGUUCGCUGUUGUUUACGGACUUCUAUCUUUUUUGCUAGUCCGCUCGCAGGUGCCGCUUUUGGCUGCGGUGUUUGUAAGCACCAACAUGAUCUCCAGAACUGGCGUUUUUCAACGAGCAGUCAGACUGGCUAUCCAGCGGCUGCAGAGAAGGAGGGUGGCUCUUUUCAGCGGCGGCGAUGCCAAUGCCCCGGAGGAACAUAGAAACUUUGAAAAUUUGGCUGCAACCUCCAAAAUCGAGUUGCUAUCUGCCAUGAAGUCCUUGGACGCUUAUCUGAAGAACAGCAAGAACUACAAUGCCCGCCGAAGCCGGCUUUUCAAGAUGCUUUCGUGGAGACAGCAGAAGAUGUGUGAGGAGGCCGGCUAUACCCAGAAAUUGAAGAAGAUCGACGGGUGUAUAGAGAGAAAUCAGAGGAUCAUGGACGAUGUGAUCUACUGCGCUAAGCACAACUACGGCUUGACUUACAAGGACUUCUCAUUGCUUGAUGCAGAGAAGAACUUGCCGAAUACCAGCAGCACAAACUACCGUGUCGUGGAGGUAUUGACCCAUUUUGUGCGGGAUUGGACCGAUGUUGGUGAGGUUGAAAGACAACCCAUUUUGAGCUUUUUGCAGAGUCAACUUUCCAAGGCGAUUCCAAAGGAGGAGGCUGCUGAUACGUGUGUGGUUAUUCCUGGCUCGGGCCUAGGCCGUGUGGCACACGAUGUCGCCUCUUUCAUGGACUUUGGUGCCGUCUAUGCUGUGGAGUUCUCAGGCUUGAUGCACGCAUGCAACCAGUACGUCUACCUGAAGAAGGAGACCUCAAAAUUCUUUCCGUACAUCCACUCGUGCCUGAAUUUCGUGAAAACGCUGUCCCAGUUUCGUGAAAAGAGCCUACCUACGCCGGAGAAACCAGCCAAUCUACAUCUUCUUCUCGACGAUUUCCGCUACUUCACCAUUCCCAACAGGGACCGCUUCAAGAACGUCGUGGUGCUCUCUGUCUUUUUCGUCGACACCGCCGAGAACUUUAUGGACUACCUAGACGUCAUCAGCCAGCUUACCACUCCGUCCAAGCGCAAUCCGGUCAAAAACGGCUACUGGAUUAAUGUGGGGCCCUUGAAGUACGGAACGGCUGCCCAGGUGGAGCUCAGUGCCGAAGAAAUUCGGCAUUUACGGAAGCGUAUGGGCUGGAAGGACAACGAGGUUGUUAAUACCCUUGAAACCCUGGAUCCCGUGGUAGGCUACAUCACCGAUAGAGAAAGCAUGUGGCAGGGUUUCUACGGCUUGUCCAUGUGGAGCUCCUCCCAGCAGGGCAAUUCCAGAAAGGGGUAG